GCAAAACAAUGUUGUCGAGUUUAUGCGUAAGGGUACAAGGAAUAUUUCGUGAAGUUUUAAACUGGCAUAGACAACAUUAAAUAAGUUUUGGUGUGGUUUUUAAAUGUGUUCCGUUGAGUUUGUGCACAUUCUUGAUGUUUUUAGAGAACGAUAUGUAAUAUAACCUUACUCUGCUAUGUAUCGAACAUAGUCAUUACGAAGGACCCAUUUGAUUCCGCCGUAAAUAAGCUGCUGUUGUUUCAAUGACUGCUGUUGUCAGUUCUUUCGCCGCAAAUGUUUGCAAACAAAAAUUAUUCCGCUAUUAUAUGGUAUAUCACAGCGUUAAUGCGUAAUUUCUCCCCGUAUAAAUACGCCAACGUACAUGUUAAACUGCGCUUGUUUGAUCCCUUCUUUAGAAGAUUGUAUUUUUUAGUAAGCAUUUGAUUUUCCCAACGAAUUGUUUAAAUACUUUUAAGAAGUAAUUCGUGAGGUGCAGAUCAAUCCGAUGGGUAUUUUUAUCAAAGGCUCGACUACAAAAAGGGAAAAGUAGAUUAUAUAUGUUACUCCAGUAGUGUUGACGCUUGGAUGGUAGUAAUGUUUGUGACACUUAAAGCCUGCUCAUUAUAAACUGCAACAUAUUGUACGUUAGUCAGCUACAGUGACUUUGGCAUUUUAGCUUACAGAAUGUAUUGGACAGUACACUUAGAAGGUGGACCAAGACGAGUUAAUCAUGCAGCUGUUGUUGUUCUUGAUAAGAUUUACUCCUUUGGUGGUUACUGCACGGGGGAGAACUACCAGAGGAAGCGUCCAAUGGAUGUUCACAUUCUUAACACAGGUAACUACAGGUGGCAUGCUUUACCUACACCAGAAUACAAUGAUGUGACAAAAACCACUGUCCCAUAUCAGAGGUAUGGACACACAGCUGUUGAACAUGAGCAGAAGAUUUACAUAUGGGGUGGACGUAAUGAUGAAGCUGCGUGCAACAGAUUAUUCUGUUUUAAUCCAGAUAAUUUAACUUGGAGCAGUCCCAAAGUGAGUGGGAUGAUUCCUGCUGCAAGAGAUGGCCAUUCAGCUUGUGUAAUUAAUAAUCAAAUGUUUGUCUUUGGAGGCUUUGAGGAACAGAUGGACAGAUUUUCACAAGAUGUCUAUGCUUUAGACCUGCGCACAAUGGUGUGGAGAUACAUAAUAACUCAGGGUGACCCUCCAUCAUACAGAGAUUUCCAUUCGGCAAAUGCAAUAGAUGAUAGAAUGUAUAUAUUUGGUGGGCGAGGAGAUGUGUAUGGUCCUUACCAUUCACAGGAGGAACUAUAUUCAAACAGUAUAAUGUACCUGGAUACAGCUACUGGAGUGUGGCAUCAGCCUCGGACAACUGGGGAUAUACCUUUAGGCAGGAGGAGCCAUUCUGCAUUUGUAUACAAAAAUAGCCUGUAUGUGUUUGGUGGCUACAAUGGACUCUGUGAUGAGCACUUCAAUGACUUGUACCAGUUUUCUCCAGUGACCAACACUUGGACGCUUAUGCAGACACUUGGGAAACCUCCAAGCAGGAGGAGGAGGCAGUCAUGUCUUGUUGUUGGAGACAGAGUUUUCUUAUUUGGUGGUACAAGUCCAUACCAGGGACAGAUGUCAUACCAAGUAAUUGAAGAUCUGUACAAUGAAGGAAUUGACUCAAAACUUAUGGAUCAUAAUGAUAUGCAUAUACUGGACUUUGCACCCUCACUACGAACACUCUGUGCUAUGAUUGUUAUUAAUAAUCAGUUGGACUACAGCAGCUUACCAGAGGAGUUAAGGUGGGAACUGCGUGUAAUGGUGACACCAAACUCCAUAUCAAGACCUUUGAACAACACUGGCUGACAUAGGGUAACUUGUUCAUUAUGCUGUUAUAACUCGGUCAGUGUGGCUGAAUAGGGCAAGACUGUUCUGUUGUCAAGUUAUAAGUAUCAGAUUACUACUGAGAAUAUAAGUCUUGUGAAAUAAAUUUUGUGUGUGUGUGUGUGUGUGUGUGUGUGUGUGUGUGUGUGUGUGUGUGUGUGUGAGAGAGAGAGAGAGAGAGAGAGAGAGAGAGAGUGCGAGCCAGGUUUGGUGUGAGAUUAUGUUAGGUACAAAACUUGUGACAUGUUGUUGUUUGAAAAGACUUGCUGACAUUGUGUGAAGAUACACUGUUGAAAUUGCAGCCACUACGUAAUGUGUCUCUUUAUACAUAAACACGUGUCAUCAGGUUAUAUUGUUGAAUCUCUGAUGUUAUUGAUGUGCAGUUGUAAUGCAGUUUUUGUGUGUAACUUUCAGUAAUUUGGGUGUACUCAUUUGAAUUUUCAGUUGACAUAAAUAAUGUUAAAUUAAUUAAACAUAAUGUUGUUUUUGACCCAAAGAAAAUUUUUGAAACUUUUUUUUACUGUUGAACAAUUGUUAUUAGCUCUGUUAUGCUAUAAAGUCUAAAACAUGUACAGCUAAUAACUAAAUCACACGUAAUUCUUCAGUAUUUGGUUUAUAUAACUAUUAGCAGGAACAAAAUUUAUAUUGCUGAUGUGAAAAUCAGAUGUAAUUCACAUAAAAACAGUUUUUUUUAUUGUGUCCUUUCACUGUAACAAAUAGAUUGCAGUAGUGCAGAGUUUGUAUUAAGACUUUAUAAGGUACAACCUCAACCUCAGAAGAAAAUGUGAUAUUUAAAAGAAACAUAUAGCUCAGAAUUAAGUGAUCCUUCUUUAUGUAGAGACUAGAUAUGAACCUUCAAAUGGCAGUUAUCAAUCAUUCUGUUUAUCAUCAAUCACAAGAGAUAUUUUAAAUGUAAAAAGUGUAUGUGUGUGAGAUUUUUCUGUUUUAUUUCCAUUAUCUUUUGUUGCUGACUGGUUUGAAAUUUGAGAAAAGUUACUUCUAUUUUACUUCAUGUCAUUGCUUCAUACCAGCAUACUCUUUAGUCACCUGCAUUAUACAGGUAUCUUUAAGAUGCCUGACAGGCUAGAUGCCAAAGAUAGGGAUCUACUAGAAUGGUUUGCAUGAGACUGUGCAUGACAAAAAAUUAUGAUGUGUAUUUUGCUGAGAAACUCAAAUUGUUAGUCUCAAAAGAGAUAUUGUUUUUAUUUUGCUGCAAGGACUAUUUGCAAUCAUACUUAGUGGAAGAAAGGGAAAUUAUAUCAAUAGGGGAUGCAAAAAUUAAUACAGAUUGAACACAAGCUAUCUAUAUGAGAAGUGAAUAGAUGAUUAUCAAUAUACAUACUGUAAAGCAAGAAUCUCCAAACUUUUGUGUGUAAAAGUGAUUUUGACAGAUGAUUGAUACCAUAUAUAUAUUUUAUUCCUCUUGCUUUUGUAAGAAAGUGACUGACAGUUGCACAGUAUUGGUAGCCAUGAAAUUUGUAGCAAGACCUCUUGGGUGUUAGUUUGAUGAAAGUGAAUGUACAUGACUGCAUUCAGAAUGUGAUCAGUAGAGAAAACAUGUGUAAACUAACAGAAUUCUCUCUCGGUGCACAUGUGUGUAGGGGGGGGGGGGGGGGGAGAGAGAGAGAGAGAGAGAGAGAGAGAGAGAGAGAGAGAGAGAGAGAGAGAGAGAGAGAGAGAGAGAGAUAUCUGAGUGGUAUUUUCCUUUACAAAGUGCAGUAAUGACUUGAGACUUGUCAUCAUAAAUGUGAUACAUGGAAAUAAAGUAACUGAGGGUAAAAGUGACAUUUAUUUUCUCUUAACUUUAAUGUGUUACAUUUGCACCUUUUUUUUUUUUUUUUUUUUUAAAGCCAAAAUAGUUUUUUGAACCUUGUAGCUACUUUCUUUUCUCAAUAUGAUUACUUGAAAUCCACUUCUAAAGACAUUGUCAUCAACUAGGCACCAUUCUGGGGGAAAAAUUUAAAACAACUGUAUCAGUUUGUGCUGUUCAUAAUUACUGUACUGCUGUGUGACAUAUCUAGAUAGAUGUUUGUAACAUGGAUAAUAUGUGUAUUCAGCUUGAUUUACUAUAAUUACAGUAGACAAACAACAACAACAUAUUGUAUUUCAAUGAAAAUAGUCUACCUGUUAAGUGGUAACCCGAGAUUUGUUACCACAAUAAAACAAUGUUUUUCUUGGUAAUUGUUACUUUUUUCUAUUAAAGUAAUAACUAAAUAUUCCAUUAUAUUGUAGUAUUUGAAGCUAUGUAGAGGACAGAAAUUUGUACAGUGUAACUUGAAACUGUGAAGCUUGUAUUUCUUCUUUCACAGUUGAUAUUGUAGCUCAGGCACUGAAACAUAUGUGAUUUAUUUCAUUUCUAAAUGUUCUGAUUUUUAUGGUGUACAUUACAAAUAUAUAAUUUAACAACUAAUGUUAGAAAUUAAAGUUUUGAAUAGUGACAGAAUAUUCAAGGAAGUGAUACUCACAGGUUGUAGGUAUUAAUAAUGGCAAUGCAACAUAAAAGUGACAUGCUGGUCAUGUAAUUGCCAUAACCACUGCCAACACAUAUUUAAUGUCAUGCCAAAUUCGCCUUGAGCUUGCUGAGAAAUAGGUGUGUAAUAUUUGAGCUGAGAUACAAAAAUGGAAGUAAGUUUUUAUCUCUGCUAUUGGUGUUCCACUGCAUUUGGCGGUCUCACCCACAUAUCAUGGACUGUAGAGCAUAGUAUGGUCAGGAAUCAGUAACGUCAUUCCUGCUGUUGAUAUUAUGUUACCACCAACAGACUAGUUACUGAUUUAAUUAAUUUUUAUACUCAGAACAGCCCAUCAAACCACAGACAGAAAUAAUUUUUUAACAUUUUGAGAAACUCCCUACACUUAAUCCUCAAUCCAAAGUUGGGUGGCAACAAUUCUUCUCCACUCCUCUCUGUACCCUAUUAGCCUCUUAAUUUUCUCAUAUGAGCCAUCUCCUACAUCAUUUGUUAUCAGGCUAGAGUGUUGCACUCUAGGUUCUCAUCUUCUUCUCUUACCUUGACUCAGGACAGCUGAGAUGCUCAAUUAAUUGAUCUGUUCUUUUCCGUACUGUUGGUAGCCGAAAACUUUUUCGCCUAUUUUUCUAAGAAUUUCUUCAUUCGUGAGCUUUGCUGCCACAAGAUAAUUUUGAUCUUUCUCUAGCACCACAUUUCAAAUAUCUCCCAAAGUUGCUUAUGGCAUGCAUCCACAGAUCCACAUUUCUGAACUGUAUAAAGCCAUACCCCAGACAGAGCUCAGUAAAUCUCAUCAAUAUAGUCUCCAUUUUCAUGUACCUUGAUUGAAACAGCACUUUCUCCUUGUAAUAGGGUACCCUGUAUCCUAUUCUAUACCUGCUCUUCUGACCUCCAAGGAGGCCAUUGCCACUUUCCCUCUCUUCUGGCUUCCUACCAUAUGGGGAGAUAGAUGUCAGGAUUUUUCUUUAAUUGUCUCAAGGACCAUAAUGACAUAUCCGAGAAUCUCAGAAAUAACACCACUCAUCUCAGUUACAUUCCUACCUCACUCAGAUGUUGACUAUGGACAAAUUUCUUAGACAUUUGUUACCAAUAUUCUCAUUUUAACAUGUCUACUAUAAACACCAUAUUUCACACCAUUAUCUUGUUCUUAGAUGACUUAUAAAGUAUCUGACAACAGACAGCAUCACAUGUGUCUUACUGUAUGGGUCAUUGUACCUUUUCUUUGCUUGCCUAAUUUUCCUGUCAAACGUAUUGUCAGCCCAAACCUGCUUCAUUCCAUGCUGUGUGAACCCAUAACUUCCAGUGCAGGACAUGGUCAUACACUUAUCUGUUUUAACUCCAACAACAGCACUUGACUCCUUCUUUGUUCAUGAAGUCAUAACCUAUAGGAAAAUAGACGCUCUGUACAAUUGCAUAAUGCAUUUCAAACCCAAGUGGGAUUUUUUAAUUCUUCAGUUACAGAGCUGCCACUCAAAUUUCUAACACUGUAUAAGAAAAACUGAUCGUUAAUACAUUUUUGGUUUCAGACAUUUGCUCUGUCUGAUGGCCCACUUCCCUUAUCUUCCCAUUGUUCAUAACUUCAGUAUAGCCACAUAAUAUUUUUUCUCUCUCAUCUUAUCUUAAUAAAGCUUGUUUUAACAUUAAAAAGAACUGUUAUCUUGAACAGCAAAUGAAAGGGAUGGAUUACUGCCCGCAACAUAGAGGAAGUACUGUCUUCUUUAAGUGUGUGUAGCUGCCACUCAAUGCAUCUUCUGUGUGGCGACUAACAAUCUAAACAUUUCAGUUGGUGUUAUUCCAUCCCAGAUUUUCCAUUGUUAGACCAGUUUUCUACUUAGGCAACUGUAUUUUAUUAUAGUACAUGUUGUGUUAACACACAAAUUAUGAAUGAAAUUUUCUGUUGCUCCUACUUAUAUAAAACAUUGCAUUAUAGGUUUCCAUUGUUAUGUGUGUCAUCAGUGGGUAGAGAGGUUGCUAAAGCUAGUUCUUGUCAUACAAGCAGAAAAAGUAAUCUUUAUAAAUGAAGCAGUUAGGAUCCACACACAUGCAUACAACAGGUUGUAAAUAGAUUAUCCUGAUUAUAUUUCUUUCUUUUUUUUCAUAUAUUGUUAGAUCAGAGAAUACAAGUUGAGCCUCAUACUGUCAUUCUGGAUGUGCUUCUGUCAGAUUUGUGUCAUUGAAUUAAGUUUCCUGGCCUGUACUUCGCUUUGCAGUGUAGCACCCACUCAACAACUGUUCCACAACCUGCUUUACAAGCAAAUUUCAUUAGGCAAUGGCUUACUAGGCUUCCAGUGUUUUAAAAAUUUAUAGCUCCCUUUUUUAAAUACAAAGUACUGUGUAACUGCUGAUUUACAUUCUUCUUGUUGGUGUACCAUAAUGUUCUUUACAGCAUGUAGCAAUAUUGCAGGUACAAUAUUUAUGCUAUUAUGAAUGUACUUCAUAAUUAAUGUUAUUAAUAGGGUAGAUUAAGAAUCUACUCACCAAGUGGCGACAGAAAACACACACACACACACACACACACACACACACACACAGGAGGUUAUAAUUAGAUGAGCUUUUGGAGCCAGUGGCUCCUUCAGGCAGAAAGAUUGAAGGAGAAGGAAGAGAAUUGAAGGAAAAGGACUGGAGAAGUCUUAAGAGAAUGGGUAAACUUUGGAAAAGUUACCCAGAACUGUGGGUCAGGAGAGACUUACCAGAUGGGAUGAGAAGGAAAUGUUCCUUUCUUUUUCUUCUGUACAAAUGACUAUUGUUAGGUCAGAGAACACAGAUUGUGCCCCAUGCUAUCAUUCCGGAUGUGCUUCUGUCAGAUUUUUGUCAUUGAAUUAGUUUCCUUCUCAUCCAGUGUGGUAAGCCUCCCCUGACUCGCAGUUCUGGGUGAUUUUUAGACCUCUCCAGUCUUUUUUCUUCACCAUUCUUCCGUCCACUUCAACCCUUCUGCCUGAAGAAGGACCCACUGGCUCAGAAAAUGUGCCUAAUUAUAACCUUCUAUUAUAUGUUUUUUGUACCGCCACUUGGUGGGUAGAUUUUUCAUGUAUCCAAUUACAUUAUAUUGCCAAAAACUGAUUGUUUUCAUAAUUAAUAUUGUGUGCUGUAAUCAAAGAUUUGAAUGCCAUUCUGUCCCUGUCUCCUGUGUUUGGCAUUUCAUUUAUUUUCUUUUCAGUUAGGUUUUUUUGGGUUCAUGAUGCAUUAUGCUAUCCUUGUGAAAAGCCAAAUAAAUGUCCAUGAAGAUCAGAAACCAAGCUGUAAUUAAAAUUAUUGAGGAGGCAUUCAAAUAUUGAAAGUUUCAGAUAUUUGAAAGAGAGUUUUACCAAUGAAUCACAUUGAAAUAACAGGUUGGAGGUUAGUCAUCAGUCGCUAUUUAUCUGUUAGCUUCACUAUCAAUUAUAAUUCUAAUGGAUAAGUUCAUCUAAGAAGUCUAAUGUGGUUAGUCGAUUAACUACAUUACCAUGUUGCUGUUGACCUUGUCACGAUUCCUGCAUGUGACUGCAAUCUUGUGCUAUGUAUUUUUACUCCUGUUUGAGUAUAUAUUGUUUACAGUGGAAUUGUUGUUGUUGUUAUUAUUAUGAUGUAGACAUUUCUCUACACCAUAUUGUAAUUUUAUCACAUAGGAGCUUCUGUUUUUACAUCCAUAUUGAAAAUGAUGCUUUUGAUUGACAGGAUAACUCGAACGAAAUCGCAUCAUAUAACAGAGUUCAUGUAUCAAGAUUCAUAUUGGUUUCCCUUUUUUGUGUUGUGUGUAUGAAAAUAAGCAUGCAGUUAUAGCAACAAUUAUGCCAAGUAUUCAGCAAAAUUAGUAACUGGUUUACUGCACCUUUCAAUACAUAAGAAAACUAUCAGCAAUGUCUUGUUCACAAUAUACUUUGAAGGAAUCAGCUUUCUACUUAGACCAGCAGAUAACGAAUUGGCUUCCGAUGCUAUUGUAAAUAUAUAAUUCAAGUACAUUCUAAAAAAGAUACUGCUGAUGAUAAUUUCUGUUUACGCGUUUGUUCCAAAAUUUAUGGAAAAUUUAAGGCUGUAAUAAAAUAAUGAUGCAAAAUAAAGUUAUAUGAUGUUGUCUAUUUUUAUGUAAUGAAAAGUCUUCAUUAUAAGUAAAUGCAGUUUCAUAUAUGUAUAAUCCUCAUGAUGUUGUGUUGUGUAAAUAGCUGCCAAGAAUGUGACAAGUUUACUGUUGUAUAAAUUAUUUGUUAAUAUUUUUUAGUUUAUAAUUGCAACAUGUUCCUGAUACCUAUAGCUUUAUUACAGUAAGAUUUGUUCCCUAUCACAAUUUUAUUCCAGUCAAAGUAAAAUGCAACUUAUUCCACAAGUUGAUUUGUUUAAGCUAAAUUUUGUUCUUUCCAGUCAAUUCAGUGCCAUUGUUUGGAUUCUGUGGUUUGUGUGUCAUAUUACAGGUUGAUGAAUCCAUUUACUGUAUGUUAACAUUAAGAAAAAGAAUGUAUGGAGAGUUCAUAUCACCACAGAGCUAUUGCUAUAAAUUAAUUCUUGGAAGUUGAUUGCGUGCUUCCUGUUUUAAUUUCAGUUUUUUUCUGAUUAUAUUUUGUGCUUUAACAUCAAGAAUGCAAAAGUAGUGUCAGUAUCCUUAUAUAUUGUUGCAAUGUAGUAUACAUACAUGUGGAUAUCUGCCAUAGAAUCAUUAAUUUGUCCAUCUAUGAAUUUAAUUUUUUAAUUAUCUUUCAGAACAGUUUAUUACCAGUUAAUUUAUAUAAUUUGUUUCUUCUCAUUAAAGUUCCAAAAAUUAUCAGACUUAUUUAAGACAACCAUAAAAUUGUAUCUAUGGUGAAAUAAAUGUGAUGUAUUGUUUCAAUGA